AUGCCAAUGUUAGACAUGCUCAUGAGGCUUCGAAAGCGGGAAUUUUGGGUUUGCGUUGGCGGCGAGUUUGUAGCUACGACGAUCUUUGUGUUCUUGGUGUGUGGUUCAACGUUGAGUUGGCAAGACGGUGCUUGUACAGUUCUUCGCAUUUCGCUUACUGCGGGUCUUAGUAUCGCCACCCUAGCGAUGGUGAUAGGUCAUCAUAGCGGAGGACUUUUGAACCCCGCCGUAAACAUAGCACUGGUUGCUGCACAAAAAAUUACUGUUGUGGAGGGGAUAGCGUACACAGCGGCCCAGUUCUGUGGAGGUCAGUACAUUUUCAACAUAUCGUGUAUGCAAUUGUGACGAUAAUUGUGAAAUAUUAGCAGCUAGGAUAUAUAAGAGGAAUAAUUGGUGCGUCAUUUAGAUUCGAGAGAAUAACUAAGGCCUAAAACAUUUUCUGUUGCCUAUAAUGGCCAAAAGUACACUAGAGGGAAGCUAGCAAAGCUACAUUUUGGGAAAAAGCGAAAGAAGGAAACGUCUUAUUAUCUCCCAUCUAAAGUUUUCACGACACCUAUAAUCUCGCGGAUUUCGAGAGUCCCCUCCAAGAAACUGGAUCGCUUAAACAAAUUCAUGCGACUUUGUAAGCGUCGUGAAAUAUGCAUACUUUUUAACCCGGCACUGAGAAAUCGAAGUGUCGCACGGGAGCAUUCAACAUGUAAUCUUUAAAAAAUUAUUUAGGGAGAGCUUCAUUUGACUGAUUGCACUUUAGCCUUUGGCUUUUACAUUUUAAUGAGGGAUUUUAUUCUUGAAACUUCGUUCAAGAGAUAAAAACAUAUUCUUGUUUGGAGAUUUCUAAUCAAAAACAACUUAAAGACAAAAUUAAGAAGAGAAAUCCAAACCGUCAUUACGGAAUUUUACAUUGUGAUUUGCAUAGACAGCUGGCAGGUUUUUCAGUGAUCAAAUCGACAACUAAACGCGCAAAAACUAAACGGAAGUAAUUUAUGACAACAAAAACAACAUUUAAAUCUACGCUUUUUGUUUACAUACAUAAAAACAUCAAGCUUUUUAAGUUCACCAAAAUACUGACUUCUAAAAAUCAAACCGCCGCUGAGUGGUUAUGAUCGUUAUGAUACAGGAGUUUUUCAACCCUGUUUUAAUAAAUGAGAAAAACAAUAAUUUGCUUCAAGAUUGAAAAAAAAAGGUUGACAGAAAAAGAAAGAUAAAAAAUUGCUUUGCUAUCAGUUAGGCUAAAUCUCUAUGCAAAAGAGCAUUUCACAUGACGUCACGGCGGCCAUAUUGGUGUUCCAGAACAAUGAAACGGCGGCCAUGUUGGUGUUUCAAACAAAUCCUGUGGGAGUUUAGCCCGGGACCAGGCUCCGUAGUGGGGAAAAAGGCAAGAAAGAGGGUCAAAUAGGAAAAAUAUCGGCGAGCGAAGCGCGUAGAGCGGUAUCCCCAGACUUCCUUUUUCCGAUUUUUUCUCCUUUUUCCCACAAUGCAGAGCCUGAUCCCAGGCUAGUGGGAGUUGAACUCUUUUGUUAUCUGCUUAUGAAAAAGUUUUCUUUUGUUCCAAUAAACCUGCCUAGCUGCUGGUCACGUGAAUGAAAACGCACUAUACCGGAUAGCUCUUGUGCAGGCACAAGAAUCAUCUACAACUAUCCCCCGAAGGGGAGGUGAAUAGUAGUGGCUGGCUAUAUCGCGACGCGAAGCGUCGAGGUAUAUAACUACGGCUAUGAACCGACCGGCGGGGGAGGAUAGUUGUUCUAGUAUUUACCAAAUCAGUUGGAUAAAAAUUUUAAAAAAAGUAAACAAAAGACGUCACUUUGUUCAGAGUUUGUUUACGUUUCAAUUGAAGGUGUUUCAGGGAUAAUUUUUUUUAUGAUUUUGUUGCAAAUACAGUAAGAAAUUUUUUUUUCUACUGACCAGUAAACCCCGACAAACUAAAUUUUGUCUCUUUCUUGGUAUUUGUUGGUGCAGCUGCUUCAUUUAUUGCUAAAAUUUCAUCUUUCGAAAAUGUCGCGAAACGAGAAGCCAUUUUGAAUCCUUUCCCUAUCCAAGCAUAUUCCGAGUUACGGGAGCCCAUCAGAACGUGCGAAAAUUGCUCUCCACUGAUUUGGUGAAUACUAAUUCAGGAUAUUGCCUUUGUUCACCCAUACGCACGUGUUUAUGUAAUGGAGCGAAGAUGCGCGGCGCCGAUCUUAAAAAUGUAUCGUCACGUAUCGGAUAGGUCUCUGUGCCAUUUAGGUUAGUGUAGUGGUAACCAAACCAUGGUUAAAGAGGUUUCUACUUUCUAAACUGAAACCGACUUAGAAAUUUCAUUCAGCGAUUUUUCGGUGGAAAAAGCGCAGCCUGAGAAAACAGCUGAAAAAUUCAAACGCCGUCACUGGUUUCCCGGCUGAGGAACGCGGGCAGAAAUUCCAUACUGACGACAAGUCACUACCCAGAUCUGGAUAGUGCUUCUGAUUAGCUGAAGAAAAUUUCCCUUGCAGCACGACCAUUCAGAAGCACUCUCCAGAUCUCCUUAAUGACAGGUUAUCGGUAUUGAAUCCUGACAGCAAACGUUACCCAUUUGACGUCGGUAAAACUAGUGGUAGCGUCGGGAAAUGUCGGCCGUUUUCUCAGGCCAGAUUAAACAGUCUUAUUUGAAUUUUUCGAAUUUCUGCCUUCACUCAACCUGGAACAAGUUCUGUGAGAAAAUACCGCAUAAAAAAUGCGGCAAGUUGAGCUUUCAGUGUCAUCAGCAUAGACAGACCACAGUCACGCUCUAAUAAGGGCCACCUUUUUUCGUAUCCUUCACUACUUUUUCCUGUCUUCAACGGCUAUGAACCUCUGUCGCCAAGGCGGCCUUUGUGGAGAGGUUCGACUCGUUUUCUUCCAUUUGAGGGCAAGGGGACUUACAACAACUUAGUCUGCAAUUUUUGUACGGUUCAAAACCGACAAUAGGCCAUUGGUAAACCUCGUAGCAGUAAGUUACAUUCGUCCUCUUCAUCGAAACAAGCCAAACUGAGUGAGAAUUAAUGAUUCACAUAAAGUUCGUCAUCGAUCUUUCCCAGGGAUCUUAGGUGCAGCACUGCUGUAUGGGUUGACUCCUGCUGAGGUACGUGGAGGACUGGGAAUGACUACGCCUGCGCAAAACAUUAAUGUUGCCCAGGCCUUUGGCGUCGAGCUACUACUUACGUUUGUGUUAGUUUUAACCAUAUUUGGCACCACUGAUAAAGGCCGGGAACAUCGCGGAUACGAAGUACCCCUUUCAAUUGGAUUGUGCGUUUUCAUUUGCCACUCGGUUGGGGUAAGUGUAACCACAGAGCUACUUUAAUAUGUCCUCAAAGAGAUUGCCUAGAGUUUUAUGAUUGGGUGCAACUUAGCCUGCACCAUGGACAAAACUUAACUCUGGUUAAGUCCGUCUACGAAACAGCUCCGAAAUCCUUGUUCUGGGCCCCACCUGUGUACCAGGAUUUGAGUACGUGCCAUGAUUGGCCUGUUAAAAAAGCCAUUGUCAAUUUGCCAAUCAAGAUAAAAGGAAAUUCGAAACGCACUUCCGGUAAUUCGUUGAAUCCGUUGGGGGCCCAGAACAAGGAUCUCGGCACUGCUUCGCAGACGUUACAAAACGAGGUCAAAUUUCGUCUGCGACGCAGGCUAGUGCAACUGGGCCCCUUGUAAAACUCAAGUUGCGCGUUCCCGCGCGCUGUUUCCUGAUUUUCAUGACGCCAGCGAGGCACAAAAUGGCAAUCGUAACCACCAAUUUUCUCGUUUGCAGGGAGUUUUCCCCUCGGUGAAGUUUUAGAAAUCAGCUCAAUUCUAAACAAUUGUAUUCUACUAUCACGGAUGCGUUCCAGUUACACAAACUAUCAGGUUGAAAAUCUUGUUCAGUCAACCAUAAGUUUUCCUCGUCGGGGAAAGAGACCUGCACUGCAAAAAGUGCAGCCAAAUGGCCAGAAAUCAAAAAGAAUAUAAAAAAAAAUUGCAUCGUCUCGAGCGAUAUCCCAUAUCUUCUGAAGUAUCCUAAACGGCAUGGUGUAAACUAUUUGAUUUUCCAAUCGAACUUUCAGUUUCCCCAUGUAAAUGGUUUGCAUCUCAGAUAUUCACUUUUGCAGAAAAAGUCAACUUCAGCAACUAGAUAGGGGUUAUUUAAUUGUAUUUUUUCUUAGAGAUAUUUAGUAAUCCAUUGUGGAUCAAAUAACAAAAGCCCAAAUUUCCACGAGAAACCAAACACGUGAAGGGUUUUGGGUAGCUGUAGUCGAGGGACGCCAAACUACCAAACUACAAAUGGCCUAUUUGUUUGUAUUACAUCAGUAAACGAAGUUCAGUUAACGGCACACAAACUUGAAUAUGGACAGAAUCUGUUUUCUUCUCUUCUUCUCAUCUUUUCAGAUUCCUUUCACUGGGUGCAGUAUGAACCCAGCGCGUUCAUUUGGACCCGCCCUGGUUAUGAGCUCAUGGAAUCACCAUUGGGUACGUUACACGGGCACUCGCAUUUUUGCCUUUAUUUUUUGGUUUCUUGACUUGUUGAUUUUUUCAUGUCAGUUCACGCACAUGAAAUUACUGAAUCAGUCAAAAACAGCUCAAUCAAGAAAGUAG